CAGGCUGAGCUUCGCUAGGAGUGUCCUGCAAUGGACGCGUCGCAAGCAUCGCUGCAAGUGGUCGAGGCCAUCUCCAUUCUCUACACCGACCCCUCCCCCGAUCGCAAGGCCCAGGCCAACGCGUGGCUCACUUCCUUCGCCGCAACUCCCGCCGCAUGGGGCGUUGCGGCGAACCUCGUGGAAUCCGCGCAGUCGAUGGAGGUCCGCUACUUCUGCGCCAAUCUGCUCCUUUCCAAAGCGCGAUCCGAUCUCCCCUCUCUUCCCCCAGACGCGCGGGCGGAGCUCGGCGCGCAUCUGCUGCGCCUGGUGGCGUCCUAUAUGACGAAUAGCAGCGUGUCACCUGUCGUCCUCUCCCGCGUCUGCCUCGUCGUGGCGGCGGUCGCGCUGCGGUCGGCCAAUCAGCACGCGCUGAAUGCCAGUGCGUUAUUGGACGUCGUGCUCCGCGCCGCUGACGUGGCGGAGAAGAGCGAGGGGGGAGUUGGCGCGCAAGGCCUGGGGGGAGGGGGAGGGGGGAGCGCAAGCGAUCAGGCGUUGGCGGUGGUGGUGGCGGUGCUGCAGGGGGUGGCGGAAGAGGCGGAGCAGCUGGACAGGCGCAACACGGAGGUCACUCUCGCGCUCAUACGGACCCGCUUCCCCGACCUCCUGCAGAUCCUCCAAACCUACACGCAGCGCCACUGCCCGUCCCUCGCCACCCCUGCCCUGCCCGCCCACCAUCCACCCCUCCUCUCCGCCUUCCUGCAUCUGCUCCUCACCUGGCUGCACCUCGACUUCCCCUCCGUCGGCCUGCACCCAAUCACAGCCUGCCAGCUCAGCACCGCCUUCCCGUUCCUCUGGCACUUUGUUCUCCGCUCCCUGGCGUCCCCCCACCCGCCUGUCGCUGCCAGCAGUGCCGAUAUCCUGGUGGCGCUCGUCAGCCAAUCAGAGGCGCAAGCAGCGGACGCAGCACCGCCAGUCAUCUCAGCUGUUCUCAAAGCCCUCCUGGACGCCUGGGACGUGUCCCAGUCGCACUCAGCCGCAUGGGGCCAGGAAGCCAAGCGAGCAGUACAGAAAGGGCUAAGCACCGUGGCCGUGGCAGUGGCAGAGGAGCACCCAGAGGCCCUCACUGACCCCGGCCGCCCAGAGGGGGUUGCGGUGGGGGAACUGGUGCUGGCGUGCGCCGCAGGGGCUGGGGCCGGGUGGGGAGGCGGGGGGGAGGGGGGCGGGGAGGCGGGUGAGAGUGCGGAGGAGGUGGAGGCGAGUGCGGAUGCGGUGGUUGAGUUCUUUGCCGCGGUCAACACGGUGCCGGUCAGCGAGCGCAGCGAGGCGUACCGAGGGGCGCUGUUCCUGCGCCUCGCAGAAACCCUCACAGCCAAGGCGGCCUAUCCCCCGUCGUUCACCUCAUGGGCCGACAACCAGGAAGAUGCUGAUGCCUUCUACCGCUUUAGGGACCAGAUAGCAGCAGAUGGGCUGCACAUGGCGUUUGGGCUGCUGCCAGUGGAGUAUCUGGACCGUGUAGGGAGCUCCCUGCAGAGUGCGGGCACGUGGCAGGCAGCAGAGGCGUCUCUCUUCAUGCUUCGGUCCGCCGCACAAGCAGUGAAGAAGCGCCUGCUCAACCUGGAGGCGUACGGCGAGAGGGAGCAGCGCAUGGCGGCGGUGCUGGGGGGAGUGAUGGCGCGCGUGAGCAGGGACGCGGAGACUGGGGGGUUCCUGGCCUCGCACCCCCUGCUGGUGGACACGUGUUGCCUUCUCAUCGGCUCCUUCGCUGACUGGCUCAACCUGCAGCCCGACUGCCUGCUGGGAGUCAUUGGCUACCUCCUUAAAGCCCUGCAGGUGCCAGAGGCAGUGCACAGUGCAGCGGACGCCUUCAGAGCAGUAUGUGCCCGCUGUGCCUCGCGCCUUAACGCGCCCUCCCUCCUGCAGGGCCUCAUGUCCGCCACCCUCUCCUCCCUCCCCGCCACCUCCCUCAUCCCCUCCCGCCCCCGCGGCACCGCCCCCUUCCCCUCCUCCUCCUCCUCCCUCUCCUCCUGCUCCUUUUCCUCCUCCUCCUCCUCCUUCCCCUCCUCGCACUCCCACCCACACUCCGCCCACCCCACGUCCCCUCACUCGGUGGACCUGGAGAUCCGGCAAGCGCUGAUGGAGGGGCAAGCGCGGGUCAUCGCCUCCCUCCCUCCCGCCACCGCCGCCCCCCUCGCUCUCCGCCUCACCACGCCACACAUACAUCUGGCGGCACAGCUGGCGCAGAUGCAGACAAACGAGCCCAGUGGCUCAGGAGGAGGGGGCACAGGGCAUGGACAGAGUAGUGAGGGUAACAGUGAUAGGAGUAGCAGUGGUGGCGGUGGCGGUGGUGGGGGUGAGGGUGUGGGAGAGGCGCUGUCGACACAGCUGCUGCUGCUGGCUGCUGCUGUCCGUUUCCUUGAGUUUGACGAUGCCUUGCGACGAAUGCCCCCCUCGCAACAACAACAACAGCAGCAGCAGCAGGAGCAAGAAGUGAGGAACGGAGGGGCACAAACACCUCAACACCAGCAGCAACAGCAGCAGCAGCAUCCGUGCAUAGCAGUGAUGGAAGCAGCAGCGCCUCUGGUCUCAGACCUCCUGGCCUCGCCUCGCUGGCGCGCCCAACCACCUGUCAUCACCGCCCUCUCGCACCUCUUCCGCCACUCCCUGCUCUGCCUCAAGCACCCCUCUCCACCCAUCCUGCCGUCCAUCGCACCGCUGGUCACGGCAUUCGAGGAGCACCAGCACCCGGCCGUGCUGGAGGUGCUGGCACUGGUGCUUGAACUGAGCGCUCAUAACCCGUCUCUUGCCGCUGCCUCUGCUGGCGGCCGUGGGGAUCUCUCUCUCUGCCACUCCGCCCUCCAAGCGUGCUCCAUUAGUGCAUUUUCCCUCAUUCAGAGGGGCCAUCUCCCCCACCGGCCAGAGGUCCUCUCCGCGUUGUUCGACAUGGCGUACCGCUACCUGCUCUUCGCCCCGCACCUGCUGCUGCAGUCGCCCUUCCUGGCCGCGCUGCUGGACGCCGCUGCGGCCACGGUGGCCAACGGGGAGCGGGAGUCGUCCAAGUCAGCGCUCACUCUGCUGUGCCUGCUGCUGUCCCCUGGCAAGAAGGCCCUUUCUUCCCACGCCUGGAUCAGUGCCCGUCCCGUGAUAAUCACCAGUCUGCAGCACCAAGGGCAACCCGUGGUCUCCUCCCUCCUCCUAGCAGCAGCAGGGAAGGCCCCCCGCGACCUCCUCCGACCCAUCGCCACCGCUCUCCACCAUUUGAUCCUCAUCCCUGACCUGCACCCGCAUCUCCCCAACUGGCUGGUUACCGCGUUACGCUCGCCGGACUUCCAGAAGGGAGUUCCGGAGGCAGUGGGGGAGGGCGAGUUGCAGCUGUUCUGUGAGUUGCUGCUGCGACAGCCGUCGCUGCCGCGGCCGAGGUUUGAAGCCCUGGUGGUGGAUUUUGCCGCCAUCUGUAGGUCAGAGGGGACUGUGGACGCUCUGCUAGGAUACCAGAUGUAAUGCGUUUGUUUGUUGCAGAAGUAACCAAUUAGUGAGCUUUGCUAUGUUCCAGUUGUUUUGUUGGUGUGUUUGGUGGUGUAUUUAUUUCAGCGCUGC